AUGUCACAUAGGGGGAAGCGUGCAUUUGGUAAAAAAAGAUGCUCUAGUUUGAGGAGGACAAAGAUUGUUCACCAUAAAGACAAAGUUGUGGAAGGAAGGGUUGAUGGUGUCAGGACCGAGGUUCAAAGGCAUUCCAUGAUGUUGAGAAGUGGAAGAAUAAUGGCAAAUGCUGCAGACUUUGAAGAUGAAGAUGAUGAUGCUUGUGAUAGUGAUAGUGAGGACUCAGAUUAUUUGAAUCCCAAAAACUUCAAUGAAGAUGAAGAUCAAGAUGAUGUUUGUUUUGAUGAAUGGGUGGAUGACCAAACUGAAUGGACAGGGGUUAAAGAAACUGGGAAUGAGGCUGCUCCUGAUUGGCCUACAGAUGUUGAAUUGGAUUCUGAAGAUUUUGAGUGCAGGGAUUAUGCCAAGUAUAAUUCUGACAAGGAUUGGCCAGAAUUCAAUGCUGCAACUGACAUGGCAGAUCCAAAGUUUGAGAUUGGGAUGUUGUUUAGUGAUUGUAAGGUGUUUAGGGCAGCUGUCAGAGAAUACUCCAUAUUGCAGAAUAGGGAUGUAGUAUUUAUUAGGAAUGCGGCUUUGAAGCUGAAGGCAGUUUGUGGGGACCCAGAUUGUGGGUGGAUGAUAUAUGCUUCAAAAAUGCAACAUGACAAGACAUUGCAAGUGAAGACAUAUGUAGGUGAGCACACAUGUACACAGGUCAUUCAAGCAGGCUGUUGA